UAAGGUUAUAGAACAUAAAAUUUACUACACCAGCCUCGGUAUUUGAAGCUUUCAUCACGAUCCUAAUUCAAGCAUGUCGGCGAAUGGCAUUUAUUAUAUCUUCAUUUAUCAUUCAUCUUGAUGGUCCAAUCGAUGAGCUGGCUGUGAGUCGUUCAUGAUCAUUUCCACACGGUAAUCCAAAAUGCAGUACGUACCUACUUGAGUGAAGUUACUUUGAUACAACACCAAUACAACAUCGUGGGUUCCUUACUCAACUACCAGGUACUCGUCGCCCUCGACCAUGCAAGCUCACAACGAAGAAUCAGUUGAUGCUGUAUUAUGCGAUAUCGUACCAAAGGUCUUCCCUUCGAGCCACGAUGAGUCCAGACCAGAUCCCAAGCUACGGGCCAUCCCUUGACAUUCCCGUCAUGUAGGGUUCAGGUUAGUUUAGGUUAGACUCGGCUCUAUUUAUCCAGGUAUCAAAAGAUUUUCAAGCUUCAUCAAUGUGCCAUUCAUCAUGCACGCAAUGAAUUCUCCCAUUGAAGCUGGAGCUGCGGAGGAGAAGCAGGUACCGUCAGAGCCUCCGAGAAUUCAAGAUGCCCCUAUUCUACCAUCUGCCGACCAGGACAAAGAUAUCGCUAUCGCUGUGGUGGGAGAGCAUCGUCAUGAAAUUGACCCCGCGGUAGAAGCUCGAGUCGUUCGAAAGAUAGAUCGAUACUUGGUCCCUGCUAUGUUCAUUGGAUAUGGGCUUGUUUAUUAUGACAAGGCAAUUUUAGGAUCCGCAGUCCUCUUUGGCAUGACGACUGAUCUAUCUCUCUCCAUCACCAAUACCGGUGUGACCCCUCAUACUACAGAUACCUCUCGUCUUAGUUGGGCAACAUCACUUUUUUACUUUGGCAUGUUGGCCGGUUUAUACCCAAUGACAUUUGCGUUGCAAAGAUUUAAUAUGGGUAGGAUCAUAGGGAUCGUGGUAUGCUUGUGGGCCUUGAUCUGCAUGUGCACAGCUGCUGUAACAAAUUGGCGCGGUCUAUAUGCACAAAGGUUCUUCCUUGGUUUUGUCGAAAGUAUCAUCCCAACUGGAUUCAUGUGUAUAAUUAGUUCCUUUUACACACAAUCCGAGCAAUCUCUAAGACAGAGUUGGUGGUUUUCCUCAACUGGGGCUUUCACCAUUAUUGGAGGUGCACUGAAUUAUGGAUUCGGACAAAUCGAUGGUGGAGACCUUAAAAGAUGGCAGUACAUUUAUUUACUUGCCGGGUCUCUUACUUUCCUUUUCGGAAUUUGUUGUUUCUUCGUACCAGAUUCCCCAGUCUCAGCUUGGUUUCUUACGACAGAUGAGCGUAUGGUUGCUACGGAACGUCUAAGAUAUGGUCAAACCGGAAUUCGCUGCACAAAGUUCAAGUGGCAUCAGAUCAGGGAAUCUCUACUGGAUAUCAAAGUAUGGCUCGUCGCUAUCAUGAUGGCUUCCGCUUACACUGUCAACGGAGCAGUCAGUGGUUUUGGCCCUCUCAUCGUUUCCACUUUUGGGUAUUCAACUCUAGAUUCUAUUUUGUUCCAAUUUCCUCUUGGGGCAAUAUGUUUGAUCUUCAUCUUACUUACUGGUUAUCUUUCAUCGCAUAUUCCAAAUAUACGAAUCCUCUUCCUCGUUAUUUGUUGUCUGCCAGUCAUUGCUGGAUGUGCAAUGAUAUGGAAAAGUUCUUGGCAUCAUCAUGCAGCUACUCCAGUUGUCGGGUAUACUAUAGUUGGAUUUUUUGGUCCUGUAGUGAGCUUGAUUAUCACGAUUGGUAUGGCCAAUGUUGCAGGUCAAACAAAAAAGUGUUUCAUGGCAGCGACUAUUUUUGUGGCAUACUGUGUUGGUAAUAUUGUAGGACCUCAAUUGAUCAUAUCACAAACGAAAUCGAGACAUUAUCCAGAGCUUUGGUUAGGAUUGAUCAUUUGUUAUUGCAUUACAAUUAUAGCAGCACUGGUGUUGUAUGCUGUGCUGACUAGAGAAAAUCGCAAGAGAGCAUUAAUGGAAUUAGAUCAAGUGAGUAGGGACAAAAUGGCAUUUCAGGAUUUAACCGAUAGGGAGAAUCCACAUUUUCAUUAUAUGCUUUAG